AUGCCGGCCGACCUCUGCCGACGCCUUCGGGGCGCCCAGGGCUGGCGCUUCGGCGGCACGGCUCCGGACCUCGCGCAGCUCCCGGAGGCCCCGGAUGGGGCGCUGCCGCAGCUCCUGGAGAGGGGGGACCAGACCGCCGUGGCGACCGUGUGCACGAUGCUGCAGGACGCCGACCCGAACGUUCGGUUCGAGGCGGUCCGGGCCCUCGCCAAGGUGGCGGAGCGCGGGGACCCAGCUGCGACGGCCGCCGCUCUGGCGGCACUGCGGGACACCUCGGCGUCCGUGAGGCGCGUGGCAGUAUGGGCGCUGACGGAGCUGGCCGAGCAUGAUGACCAGGAUGCGAUCAGCUCGCUCAAGGCCCUGAAGAAUGACUGGGACUGGGAGGGGAGUCUGGUAGCAGAUGCCACUCGUGACUGGGACGCGGACUGCGUGGAGCUGCUCCCGCACCCGCUCUGGCUCACGCUGCUGCUCAACGGCCACCCGAUGCGUCAGAUGGGUCAGGAACGGCCGAACGUUUCGAGCAAGCUGAGGCCGAUCAGCGUCAGGCUGCCAACGAAGACGGCCCAGGUCGUGCCAUGCCAGGUUGAGGCGGACUUGGCGGCGAAGAGCCUCGACUGGAGGCGGGGGAUCCCUCAGGAGUUCUGGAGCACCUCCGCCGUGGUCAGCUUCGACUGUUCAGGGUCUCCGCUGCAGAGCCGCCAUGGCGGGGAGGUGGCCUGCGAGCGCAUGUCCGAGGAUCUCACGAGUGACAGCUCCGACGACCCAUGCCCGACCUGGGAUGAUCCAGCUGCGGUCGAGGGCCCCAGCCAUAGCAUGGUCUUCUUUCUGCCGGACAGCAAGGAGACGGCCAAUUGCCGCUCGCUCGGCUCGACGCUCGAGGCUGCGGGAGUGACCGCCAAAUGCCCAGGCGUCGAAUGGCACAGCCUCUCGUGGCCCGCGACGUCGUUGCCCAUGGACGUCGACGACGCCGUCGAGUACGUGCUGGAGCACGUGCUGGAUACCCUGAGCAAGGCCCCCAUGGAGACGUCGAAGCGCGGCGAGAUGCCCAAGCACAUCCGGGUAUUCCUCAUCGGGCACUCCUUCGGCGGCGCCGUCGCCACGCAAGCGGCGUGCGAGCUGACCAGCCUCUUCGGCUGCCUCGGGACAGACCCCUUCCGGGUGACGGUCGCUGGCCUGUGCGUCAUCGACACGCGGCCGCGCGAGGGUCUGGAGCGGCUCGAGCUGGGCCUCCUGCAGCACGUGCGGGUGCUGCUGAUCGCCAGCAAACACGAUCUCGGCGUGGACCUCGAUGCCUCCAAGGAGCUCUUCGCCGCGGUGCUGGCCACGAGGAAGGAGAUGCUGCUGCUCCCAGGGCACCAGGGCUCCAGCGGCAGACACGUGCUGCCGCGCCUGGCCGACUUCGUGCUGCGGGGCCACCGGGGCGUCGUUGCCUGA